GGUAAUCAUCAGGAGGGUCCCACGCAGUGGGAUGCCACCAGACAUGGGGCUCUGGGGACAUGAGGACCCCUGGCUGGGGUGAGCGGAGUGCCAGUGCACGGGGAGGCUUCUGCUGGUGACCCCUGGGCACGGCAGAGUCCUGCGGAGUGCUUUGGUUUUAGCUUUGCUUUUGUCUUCCAGCAGAAGAGUCGCCCACCUGAGGAUGUCCGGGCAGCACUCGCCCUGUCCCUUAGCAGAGCUCUGGCCCUACCUCCUUCGUCCCACGCCUGCGAGCAGAGGGCGCGUGUCCACAACACGUCCGUGCCCAGGAAUUGCAGACAGGACAGGCUGGCAUGGCAUGGAGUCUUGCAGACACCAGACUGCCUGGAAAACUGGAAAUUGGCUGAUCUGCAGUAUUGAGGAAGUAACGCUCCCACAAGAGCACAGCCAAACGGGGCUGAAUGCAGCUGAGCAGAGCCAAAAGGAGCCGAGCGGAGCCGAGCAGAGCCGAAGGCAGCCGAGCGGAGCCGAGUGGAGCCGAGCGGAGCCGAGGUGCCUGCGGUGAGGCCAUGGCGGGCCGGGGGCCGCUCGUCGUGUUCGGGGCCACCGGGGCUCAGGGCGGCUCGGUGGUUCGGGCCCUGCUGGCCGAGGGCACCAGGGAGGUCCGUGCCGUGACGCGGAGACCCGGCAGCAGGGCGGCCGCGCAGCUGAGGCGUUUGGGGGCCCGCGUGGUGGCGGCGGACCUGGACGACGGGCGGACGCUGGAGCCGGCCUUGGAGGGCGCCUACGGAGCCUUCGUGGUCACCGACUUCUGGGAGCACUGCAGCCAGGAGAGGGAAGUGGAGCAGGGGAAGCGGCUGGCUGAUCUGUCGAAGCGCCUGGAUUUGCGCCACGUGGUGUACAGCGGCCUGGAGAACGUCCAGCAGCUGACGGGAGGCCGCCUCCAGGUGCCCCACUUCGAUGGCAAAGGCGUGGUGGAGGAGUACUUCCAGGCCAUCGGCGUUCCCACCACGAUUAUCCGAAUGCCGUGCUACUUUGAGAAUUUCCUUUCUUGCUUCAGGCCUGAGAAGGCCCCACAAGGAGACGCGUUUGUCCUGGCGCUGCCCAUGGGGGACACCCCCAUGGAUGGGAUGGCAGUGGAGGACUUGGGCCCCGUUGUGCUCAGCCUGCUGAAGUCCCCAGAGGAGUACGUAGGGCGAGUGAUCGGGCUCAGCACCGGCAAGCUCACCGUGGCAGAGUACGCCGCUGCCUUCUCCCAGCAGACAGGCAAGACCGUGGAAGCCUCCAAGAUCUCACCAGAGGAGUACGAGAAACUUGGCUUCCCGGGGGCGAAGGAGCUGGCUGCGAUGUUCCGUUUCUACGCCCUGAGGCCAGAGCGCGACGUGGAGCUGACGAUGAAACUCAACCCCAAGGCCCGCACCUUCCAUCAGUGGCUGGCAGACAACAAAGCUGCUUUCUGACCAUUCCUUCUCUCAUCUUCCACCCCAGCUUUUGCAGCAGGUAGUGGGACCUGGCUGAGGCCAUGAGCCACGCAGCUUUCUGCUCGUGCCUGGGGGCUGCUGCCAUCCAGGGGCACAUGCAGGAGCAGCGUGUCAGCUGGGCUGUGACUGUAACUGCCUCGCACACUGAAUUUAGGGAGGUGUUGAGUGAUUCUGGGUGUUUUCACAUCUGUGGGAUUGGUUUCUCGGGAUCACACACUGCCCUAGGCAGCUCAGAGCAUACCGCACGUCGUGCACUCAGCUCCCAGUAGCAUUGUGCCCCAUCAGGUACCCACAGCAGUGCCCCAAAGCAGCGCUGGGGCUUCUCCUUGGACCACGUUCAGGCAUCACAGGUAGGCCGGGCCGCAUGUCUGCAGAGACAGGGCCUGCUGCUGACAGCCCCAAGGGGUGAGAGCUUCAGUUCCUCAACCCAGACAGCUCCCGGCAGCUGCAGCCUGGCCUUUGGGCUCCCAGGGCUGAUUUCAAACACUGCCCUCAGCAGCUGAGUAUAACUUUGACAAUUAUCCAGCCUUAGGAGUUAAGACUUGUUUAAAAAGCUUUUUCCCUCCCCCAGAGGUACUGUUUGGGUGAGCUCUGGGCCACGGCUGUCUUCCUGCUUCAAGUCAGGUGUGGGCAUGACCCCAUCACCCAGCCCUGCGCCCCCAUCCCAGAGCCACCCCUCAUCCCUUGCCCAUCACCGGGGCAGGGAAGGGAGCGAAGACAAACCCCCAGAGGCAGGAUGGGGGAAGAGCAAACAAGGCAGCGAGGCACAGUGUUAAAUAUCUUUAUCAAUCUUAUUUACAUGGAUACAGAAUCACUUUACAGGCAAUUUAAUCAGGAGGCAACGCGUGCUUUAUUUCAGCAAAUUAAGAAGGGCAGGACUACGACAUGUUCUCGUUUAGCUGGUCGAUUAGUGUGUGGGCUGAUGGUACCUGCACGGCAUAGCUAACAACAGCGGGCAACUGUAACCAUGAAAAUACUCACUGCAAGAGCUCAGCUCCUCCUGGAAGGAGCGAUCCACUUCACUUGCAUUCUCACACAUGUAGAACAAUGACUCUGACCGAUCGUUUAUGCUAUGGGUGUUGCACUAACAAUAAAAUAGUUUGUCCAAACUGGCAAAGGGCUUGGUGACAAGCUUGUCCCAGCUCAGAAGCAA